AUGCCCCUCCCCCUGUUGAUUUUCCCGCGACAAAAGAAGAGACAAGAAUUUGAAUUGGGCUUGCCACCUGGAGCUUGGAUUGCGGCAAAUGACUCUGGAUGGAUGACUAUGGAAGUGUUUUUCGAAUGGUUCAAGAAGUUUAUUAAAUUUUCUGGUGCAAAAAAAGAAACUCCCGUGCUCUUACUAUGUGAUGGACAUGCAUCUCAUACGAAAAACAUCGAUGUAAUAGAUCUGGCUCGAGAUAAUGGCGUUAUUUUAUUAUGUUUCCCACCGCACUGUUCGCACAGGCUCCAGCCUCUAGAUGUGGCAUUUAUGAGACCUUUAAGUCUAUACUACGAAGAUGAAGUGCGAAGAUGGUUGCAGUCAAACCCAAGUAAGGUUGUUACUUUAUUUCAAAUUUCAACCUUAUUUGGACAAGCUUUUACUAACGCCGCUAAUAUGAAAACCGCGCUAAAAGGUUUUGAAAAAACUGGUAUUUGGCCAACAAACGAGGGAAUUUUCACUGACGAUGACUUUUUACCAGCCGAGACAACUAAUAUUCCCAUUGCUGAGACAGAAAUUGCCCCUACUCAAGUAACUCAAGUCGAUGAUUUUCCAGAAAAUAAUUCCUUCAAUGAUCCCUCAACCCCACCUCUCAGAGAACUAAAGGAAACUAGCAACGAAACUCAAAAUGGCUCUUUACCCUGGAUGUCUGACACUCCUAUUGCACCAAUAAAAAAGUGA